ACUGAACGUGUCACUGAGUGUGUGUGACUGAGCAUGUGAUUGAGCAUGUGACUGAGCGUGUGUGACUGAGCAUGUGACUGAGCGUGUGACUGAGCGUGUGAGUGUGCGUGCCUGUGUCCACCAAGCUGACACCCAGAGCGGCCACCUGCCUGGUCUCUGGGUUGACGAUCAGGACAGCGCCACCCUGAGGCCUUUGUCACUGCCUGGUUGGAUGUCACCAUGUCCCUAGGGCCCGUGAGUCCUGACUACGCUGUCGUUUGUCAUCUGUGGUCACCGUUCCCAGGACCGGAGGGAGAGGCCCGUGUGGAGGAGCCGGGGACUCGCCACCCCGGGACAGCAGGACCCGCCUGGCCCAGCCGUGAGCGACGCAUCAGGCUCUAGUCCGGCCCUUGGGACACGGGGCGACUUCUGGGGCCAGGGACGGCCCCCGGGCUCUGGUGGACGGCAGGUCUGGGGUCCCCCGGGCUCCCUGGUCCUGGCUCCCAAGGGCCGUGGGGGGUCUGCAGCGGGCGUCGGACAGGGUCGCUCCCCUGACCUCAGAGGCACCGGCCCGUCCCCCCUCUGCCCACAGGGGACCCCCCGGGGCCCGUGAUGGCGGGGGGGCCCACAGACCCCGGCCUGGGGGUCCCUCCCAGCCCGGGGAACCUGUCGCCAGGCUCGGAGCCCUGUUCUCUGCCGGACACCGUGACCCGGAACGGCACGCCCCGGGCCGACGGGGCCCAGCCCUUCUGGCAGGCCGAGUACGCCUUGUCGCUGCUGACCGUGCUGGUCGGCCUGUGCGGCCUGGCGGGCAACGGCGCCGUCGUGUGGCUGCUGGGCUUCCGCCUGCGGCGCAGCCCCGCCUCCGUGUACAUCCUCCACCUGGCCUGCGCCGACUUCGCCUUCCUGCUCUGCUCCUGCGCCUGGAAGCUGCUGACCCUCCUCAGCCCCCACACGCGCCAGCCGGCGGUGCUCCUGGACCUGGUGUGGGACACCUCGUUCCUGGCGGGCAUGCUCCUGCUGGUGGCCGUCAGCGCCGACCGCUGCGUCUGCGUGCUCUGGCCGCUCUGGUACCGGUGCCGCCGCCCCGCCCGCCUGUCCGGCGUCGUGUGCGCCCUCGCCUGGGCGCUGGCCCUGUGCUGCGAAGUGCUGGAGCACCUGUGCCACUCGUUUCUGGACAUCCCGUGCCACAGGGUCCUGUGGCUGUACGAGGUGGUGACCCUCACCACGUUCCUGGUGCUGUGCGUGUCCGGCCUGACGCUGCUCGUCCGGGUCCAGUGCGGCCGCUGGGGGGCCCGGCCCGCCCGGCUGCACGCGACCAUCCUGCUCAACAUCCUGGCCUUCCUGCUGCUGCAGGUGCCCUUCAGCGUUCACUUCCUCGUGUCCACCCUGUCCGCCAACCCUCUCUACGGCCCCCUGGUGAAGACCAUCAUGCAGCUUCUCCCCAUCCUGAACAGCGCGGUGAACCCCGUCAUCUACUUCUUCGUGGGGAGGCGCGGGCGGCCCGGCAGGGCCCCCCUCCGGGAGGUGCUCCGGAGGGCGCUGCGGGAUGAGGAGGAGGGGCCGAGCGUAGGGCCCCUCCGUCCCGGGGACACCGCGGCGACCCCCGCAGGGGGGAGAGGCCCCGGGGAGCCCCAAGGUCUGAGCGGUGACGGGGGCUGCUUGUAGGGAUCUGUCAGCCGCUGCAGUUGUCCAAUAAACUGGGAGACGCC